AUGGAGCUUAAAUUGUUAAUAAUAAAUACUAGCAAAAUGGAUAAACAAAUAAAUCAACAAUUGCCAAAUUGGUUGUGGCAAAAUUCACCAAUGUUGCCACAAGUAUAUCGUGUUAUUUGGGAUCAUGUUAAAGAGGAUAGAUCAACAAUAAAUGGUAUCAAUGAAAAAUAUCUUGUUGAUACAAACAAAGUAUUUCCAUUAUUAUUAACAAGUCAAUUACCAACUGAAGUACUUGGUUUUAUAUGGUCAUUGGCUAAUAAAAAAUAUGCUGGACAAUUAACUGAACAAGAAUUAUAUAUUGUGUUGUCAUUAAUUGCUCUUGCACAAACAUCAUACUCAUUUAAUAAUUUAGAUAUUCUACAUAUGUUACCUGGUCCACCAACACCAUCACUAAAUUUAGCUGUUUUAAAUCCAAUUAAAAUAAAUACAAUUGAUAAUUUUACAAGUCAACGUACUGAUACAAAUAAAAAAUAUAUUGAUUCAAAUUUAGAUUUAAAAUUAACGCAAAAACCACAAAAAUUAGGAGCAAUUGAAACAAAAGAUGUUGAUUUAUCUGAUGACUUUACUGAAUUUCAAAGUGCAACAGUUGUUUCACCAUCAUUGCCAACAAAAAUUGAUACGAAAUUAGGUUCAGCAAUUGGUAGUAGAUUGGCAAAUCAUAAUUUAUUAAGUGGACCAAAAAAAUUACAAGAUAAACAAAUUAAAAAAACAAAUAAUAAAAUAACAAUUAAUCAAUGUAAAACAUCAGUUAAUAAUUUUAAUCAAGAUUUAGCAACGUUAAGUAAUGAUUUAAAUAAUUGUGAAAGAGUUGGUGAUUUAUUUCCAACUUGUAUGAUUAAAAAUGAAGCUAAAACAUUUAUUUUAAAUGACACUGUUAUUCGUAAUGACAUGUCAAUACCAGUUGAACGUAAUAAUAUAACAUUUAAUGAAAAAAAAAAUGAUCCAAUUGAUUUAAUGAAUUUACAAAGUGUUGAAGAUAAAUACAGUGCAUUAAGAAUACUAGUUGAUGAGCCAAAAAUAGAGUCAAUUGAUAAUGAUAAAACAGCUGAUGAUGAUGAUAAUAUACUUGAUGAUUUUGGUGAUUUUGUAUCAGCUAAAAAUACUGAUACAACUGAUGUUAAUCAACUUGAUUCAUCAAUAGAUUUAUUUACUGAUUUUGAAAAUUUUUUACCAAGUUGUGGUGAUCAUAAAUCAGAAAUAUCAUUGGUACAAGAAACAAUUGAAGCAUUUGCACAAUUAGAAAUUAAUUCAAGUCCAGAAAAAACUCUUGAUUAUUUAGAAGAAAAAUAUGAAGCAACUAUUGAUCCAGAUAAAAUUAUUCAAAGGGAUAUUGAUAAGAGCUUUAAUCAAAUUAAAAAAUCUAAAUCAAUGCAAAGUUUAGAUCUCAAUUUGUGUCUUGAAAAAGAUGUUGAUGUUGACAAAGAAAUUAAAAAUAUGCAUGAGAUGAUUUAUUGGGAAUGGAAACAGUACAUGGAAAGUUGUGUUCUUCUUCUUCAAUUUGCUGCAAAUAUAUUUACAAGUAUCACAUCAGAUAUUGUACUUGAAGAAGUAUUAAAAAGUUCAAAAGGAUAUAAUUUUCUUUGUAAUUUAGCUGAAAUUGCUGCUGUUUGUCGUCGUGUUAAUUAUUCACACAAAGAAAUGGAUAUAAAUAUUAUGGGUUUUGAUGAUUUACUAAUGGACAUUGAUAAAAUUUGGGCACAAAUGGAACCAUUUUACACCAACAUACCUAUUGUCACCGAGUUGCCUGCUUGGCCAUCACGACAAGACCAAUCACCAACAUGUGCACUCUGUCUUACUGUCAUAACAAGUGAUAAUAUUUUAUUCAAUGAUAAUCAUUAUCAUGCAACAUGUGCAAAUCUUUGGUUAAAUUGUGUUAAUAAUAAUUUACCAAUUUUGAGAUAUCCAAUUAAUAAUUCACAUGGUAUUUUAACUGGAGGUACUCAUUGAUUUUAAAGUUGAUUUAAAAUAAUGCAUUAUUCGUCCUUUUGAGCACUAAAUUUUAAUAGUAAAUAUAAAAAUUUCUAGUAGAAAUUAAACUUGCAAAAAAAAAGUUUUAGAUAGAAAAAUCAUCUCAAUUUUAACACUCAUUAUCUCAAAAAGUCCAAAGGAAAAAAAUUGAAAGUGUAGAUAAUUAUACUCGAUUUAAAAUCUCAUAGAAAUUUAAUUAUCCAGAAUCAACCUUGAUGAAAUAUAAAAAAUUGUUAGUAAAUUAAAAUUUUCCAUAUUAAUGGAAAAUUUUUCAAAUAGAAAUUUAAGUAUUUAAAAUAUUUUAAUUAAAUAUAUAUAUAUAUCUAUUUCGUCCAUUUUUAAACGAUAAAAUUUUGAAAUUAUUCAAAUAUUAUUUAUAAAUGUUGGUGUAAUUGUUUUUUUUUUUUUAACUAGUCUUUGCACUUGAUAAUUCCCUCCAAUAAUUGUCUUUUUUGUAAUUUAAAUACACGUUCUUGUUUAUAAAUAUUGCGUUAUUAUUAUUUAUUAAAAUAUAAGCUCUUGGUUAUCGUACUUUUGGGCUAUAUAUAAUUACAAUUAAAUCUAAUUACAUGUAAUGAAAAAUUAUUAAAUAAAUAGCGACUAGUAGCAGCUCGUAAAAUAAUUUUUUUUUUUUUUUUCAACAACAAAUCUUACACAAUAAUUAAAAGAUCUUUGUAAUUUAGCCAAUUGUUGAUUAGUUAUAUCAGAUAAUGCUAAUAAAGAAUAAUUAAAAAUUGAUGUUACUAAUUAAGAGAUUAUUUUCUUUCUGAGAUAAUUAGAGCAGCAACCUAAGAAGAGCAGUAUAAGACUGAGAACACCUGCUACUGAGAUUGAGAUACCUGCUUUUUCCACUUUUAUGAUUCAUCUUGAACAAUUUCUGUUAGCUAAAAAAAUUAUUUAAAAAAUAAACUUAUACAAUGAAAAUCAUAUCUCAUAA